GAAAUGAGCCAUGGUUAUGUAUGAGAUUAGGUUGGGGGUUUAGAGAUUUUGGAGUGAAGGUCUUUGAGAGUCAAGUCGAUGGAGUUGAUCGUUUUGAUCAUCAUCAUCAUCAUCAUCAAGAAGAUUAUCGUCAUCAUAAGAAUAAGAAUACAAAUACGAAGAAGAAGAAUCUUAAUGGAUUUAAUGAUCAUCAAGAAAUUCGUGUGAAAGAGUUUAAGAGGUUUUGGGCUAAUCAAGUGGCAAUCGAAUGUGUUAGAUAAUCCUACAUUUGUUUUCAAACCCGAUUGAUUUUCCAAUUCAUUUGUUUUUGUUGAAACCCAAUCUUAGUCAUUCUAGUUUUUUCUUCUGAACAUGUGGUUUUUUUUUCUUGAGAGGUGGAGGUUUAGAUUUCAGUUUGAUAAGAAUCAGUUUUGGUGGUUAUUUUUUUGGGAGACGGCGGAGGUAUUGGGUUUAUAUGUAGAUAUAUAUCAAUUCUAUGUCAUGACUCAUUGGAUUAUCAAGAGAAUUAUACUUUUAGAUCAUGUUGGAUUGGUUUAGAAAUUGAUUGGGUUUUAGAAAGAUUCACAUCUGGUCCAGGUGUGUUUAUUAAUUUUGAUUGGAUUUUAGUCAACAAGUGUUUUGAAGUUUUUCAUAAUCUCAUAAACUAAAGUUCUUCAUGAACUUGAUAAAUUAAACUGAUUUAAAAUCAAUGGUUGAGAAUCAUUGAAUGGUUUUCUCAUUGAAUCCAUGAAAUCGAUUUUUCUUGAUUUCUUUUCC